AUGUCUACGCCUGGUCCAUCCGAACCUUCUCGCUCGCUAAAUUGUCAACAAGUGCUCGAGGAAGAUGAGUACACAGCAGCCUUGUCUCGCAUCAUAGCGAGAGACUUCUUCCCUUCUCUCGUGCAUCUCGACGCGACUAACGAAUAUCUUGACGCUGUAUCGUCAAGAGACCCCCAAUUGAUCAGCGCUUCCGUGCGCAGAUUGCAAGAAGUCAACAACACCCCCGCCACCUACCGAGGACGACCGUGGCAGACGCCAUCCGCCACGCCCUAUGGUGCUGGUCCAUCCGAGACACCGCUACGCACGCCACGCGGGGAGCCAGUGACGAAACGACCGCGGUAUGAUACCGACAUGAGUCUAGAUAACUUCCAGGCGCGGUAUACCUCGGAAGACAACGCUAGCUUUACACAGAUUAUGGAUGAGGAGAAUCGGAAGCGCAAGGAGAGGUGGGGCUGGGCAUGGGAGGCACAGAGGAGAGUCGAGGAGCAGCGGGAUAGGAUGAUUGAGGCGAGGGAGAGGAUGAUGAUUGAGCCUGCCCAAGCACCAGGUGUGAGAGAGAAGUUUGUGAUUGAGGCCCCUACUGUUGCAGGACUCAUCACCCAAAGCGGAGAGUCGUCGAAGGAAUCGAAAGAUGAAAGUGAAGAUGCGAAGGAUAAUAACAAGGGAAAGGAAGUUGCUAUCCUCAGUGAAACAUCUGAGGAAGAUACGCCUCUGGACGUUAUGGCGCCUAGGAAAGAUACUCGCCCUGCUGGCGUUGAUGGCUGGAACUUCAAGGCCCGGAAUUCUCUUAUGUUUUCUCCUGAUGCCGAUAUGUCUCCGUACCACCCGCGUACAUCGAAAGCUAAAGCAAGUGAUGAUUUUGGAAUCAUAACGCACGGGAAUACACGUCUACCAGAACAGGAUGAAGGGGAUUCUCAGUCACGAGCUACAUCUGCCCCACCUAGUCCCACUCGCAGUCGAAUUGAUGCCGCCAUCACUGGCACGCCAUAUCGACCGCGGUCCCCUACCAUCAAUGAAUUUUCGCUUGUACCUAGCCUGCCUUCACCUACUGCUGCUGAACUGGGCCCAUCUGCCGUUAAUCAGCUCAUGACAUGGGGGACCCUCAAUGCAACUCCACGAAUAUUGUCCAAGUCCGAUGAUCCAGCAGAAGCUGUGCCACCCCCUAGCACACCUUUCCAUAUUGCUGCGCCGUCCAGCCGCGAGGCAUUAUCUCAUAGAUUAUCUGCCCAUGCUUCGAAAAGUCUUCGCGCGAAAGCUGUCCUCCUUGGGGGGCCGACCCCAAUAUUUGGACGCACACCGACCCGAGGAGGUUUCUCAAAGUCAGGUUCCAUGGGCCCUCCAAGUUGGACCCCACGUAGAGCUGACGCACCUGGAAAUCUGACACCUGCAGGAAAAAGAUUGUUGGACAGAACUACGAUGGGUACUGCAGCGGCGAGAAGAGCGGAGGCGAUGGGCCGAAUGUCUGGCUGGGGAACGGGACAGACUGGGGAAAGGGAUCUCAACCGUGUGCGGUGGACACCGACACCCACGGGUCGGGGAGGAUGACACCCGGCCCGAUGAUGACAGAUGAGCAUGUAAGUACUGGGCUGUAUGAGCUUGUGGCAUCGUGUUUAGAGGACC